ACCCCCUAUUACCAAAACUCGGUCUAUAUAAACCACUGAACAUCUAAGUAGCUAAAAGUUGAAAGAUUAGAGCUACCCAUCGUUUCAUGUUUUGGCCCAGUUUUUUUAAUUGGUGCAAUAUUGAAAACCCUCAGGCACCGAUUUUGCUGGAUAUGAUCAUACUGAGAGUAUGCACUUAUAAACGGUUUGAUUUGUACGCCUAAUCCAUCCGCCUCGACAUAGAACACCAAAGAAAACCUUUGCGCGGCGAGCUCCAUUCAUAGCAGGUGCAACGAGUAUCCAUGGAGAUAGCACUACGGGGAGCGCCCUCGCCGUAACGACAACACAAGCUUCGCCAGUUUGCCAUUAGCAAUCAACGAGGUCACGGAGGCCUGACGUGUGGAAUUUUUCUCAGCGACAAAGAACUCAGAAAUCAACCGAAAAUGUUCAAAAAUACGUUUCAAAGUGGAUUCCUGUCGAUUCUAUACAGCAUCGGCAGCAAACCCCUUCAGAUCUGGGAUAAGAAGGUCAGAAAUGGACACAUAAAAAGAAUAACUGAUAACGACAUCCAGUCAUUAGUUCUUGAAAUAGUCGGCACAAAUGUUAGUACCACAUUCAUCACAUGUCCUUCAGAACCAAAAAAGACCCUUGGUAUCAAGCUCCCAUUUUUAGUCAUGAUCAUCAAGAAUCUCAAGAAGUACUUCACGUUUGAGGUCCAGGUUCUCGACGAUAAGAACGUCAGGAGACGUUUCAGGGCGAGCAACUACCAGAGUACGACGCGUGUCAAGCCUUUCAUCUGCACAAUGCCCAUGAGACUAGAUGACGGCUGGAAUCAAAUUCAGUUUAAUCUAUCAGAUUUCACAAGGAGAGCAUAUGGAACAAACUAUAUUGAGACAUUGCGAGUUCAGAUCCAUGCUAACUGCCGAAUCCGACGAGUAUACUUCUCCGACAGACUGUAUUCAGAAGACGAACUACCUGCAGAAUUCAAACUUUACUUGCCUGUUCAGAAGGGUACCAACCAAAGGAGUUAAACCCCCCAAUGGGUAUGGACAUUCAAAGUGAAAGCAAAGACACUUUAGAACUCAUUGUCAGCAAUAGGGAAGAACCGAUCCACAUUGUUGACAAAAACCUCAUUCAACUUUUCAGCCCUCAUGCAGAGAAGUCGAACGUCUAUGGUACGACUACUGUCGUGAUCUGCGUAUCGUUUUGAUAAAGCAGGGUCGUUGAUCCCUUCUUCAAUUUGCGCCAAGAGAGGUGUAACAAAGUUUAAAGUGUAUCUCUCUUUAACAUGUGUUAGUGAGGCAAGUCUUAACUCAAAAUGAUAUUUAUGAUUGUGAAAUCCUGUCUAGUUUGUCAGGAAAUUAGGUGAGCUUACCUUAGCAAUAACUGCCAAGGAAAUUGAAAAGAUUUGCGAUUGUCUAAUGUGAACGAAUAUGUUCAUAACUAGGCUGAUGGACUGAAACUCGAGAAAAUAUGUUGAAAUCAAAGCAGGCCUUUGCUAUUUCCAUUGCUCUCCCUUUUUCAGAUGUUAUGGAAAUGGUUCCUUAUUUAGAUCUUGGAUUCAUGCUAAAUGAUCUUAAUGAAAAGCAUGCAAUUGUAACACUGAGCUUUCUCUUCAUUUUAGGACUGCUUUUACCCCCAGUUUGUUAUACAUUCAAGACUUUAUAUGCAUGUACCAGUACUUGAAUUGAAAGCUGUAGAGAAAGGGCAACCAUGAUCGAGUGACAUCUGAUUUGAAAUUCUUUCAAAGACUAUCUACAAGAAAUGAACAAAGAAUGUUGGUCACUUACAAAAUGCCUAAUUGAAAGUCACCUUAUGCUUUAUUUCAUUGUUAAUGUAGCUGUUAUAACAUAAGUACUGUAUGGUAUAUUGUAUUUUUGUCUGUGUUUGUCUGUGCAGUCUGGCACUUGAGUCAAAGUUCAUUAAAUUACUAUUCACUCCUUUGCAUGCUUAGUACAGGUAUUCACAGUUUGUGCUAAUUGUUGCUACAUUUUUAGUUGAACAAAAAGUUGGUCACUAUUAAACAUCACAUCAUAAUUUGGUCAUAGAUUGUAUAGUGAGUUUAAAUAUGUAUGUCAAUAAUGUCACCAAAGCUGACUAAAAAUGGGCUGCAUGUCUUCAUGAAUUCUCAAAGCCAUUAUGAAUCGAUCAAGAUAAGGAAUUGUCCUUUGGAUACAAGAUUAUAUUGCUCUGCAAUGAUUUUUGGAAAAUUAGUUAGUUUUUCAAUACAACUCUAGGGUUAUGCUAACUGAUGAUUCAAAGUUUCAAACGGUCCAUUACAAAUGCUCUACUUUUUUUCUUCAUUUUGAUGUAUGAAAAUCUUUGGUGGUUAGAGGGAAACUGGGAAUCAAUCAUCUCUUUUUUUCCUAAAUAGGUAAUAUAUUUAGCGUAAUACAUUAAUUUAUUUAAUUAUAAAAAGUAAUAUGAUUGAAUUUGUUACUUUUAAUACACUCUUUGCCUAAAUAUCAAAUGAAGGACAAUGCAAGUCUAGUAGACUAGAAAAGUUAUCUGACAUUUGUACUGUAAUCUAGGGUAAGCUUAUUGUGUAUAUAAAUAUCUCAAAAUGACAUUAAUAUGCCUGUAAAUAUAUAUAUGUUAUGUAACUAAAGAUUAUGUCAUGUAACCAUGUUACAAUACUCAGAAAUAUUUAUGUUCUCUUCAGGCUUUUUCAUAUCAGACCAUGAUUUGACAUGUGCUGAUUCUAAUAAUCCAAAUAGUUAUUUUCUGAAUUUAAAUGUAAAAGAAGUUAGAUCAUGUUUACAUAUUAACUUUGUAUUAUGAACAGUGUUUUUAAUGAGAUGGUGCCAUGUGAUGUCUUUUUAAAUUACAUAUCUUUAUUCUAUUAUUUGGUUUUAUCAACCUUAUUUGCCUUAGGUUUUGAAGAUUUUGUAUUCAAAAUGCACCAUCAAAAGCACUGUGCAUAAGAUAAUAAUAUAUGUUGUACUCUUACUAUUAUUUAAGUAAUUGCUCUGCUCUUAUGGAGUGCAGGAUAACUUAUUUUAAAUCACUGAGAAUUGUCAAUUAUGUUCAUGUAAUCUGUGUACAAUCAGAUUCUACUUUGUCUUUUUUAUAUAGUUCAAGACAAAAAUACACUUUAUAAACAUGAAA